CGAGCAGGAAGUGUUGCUGCGGCCGUAACCGCACACAAACAAAUCGGAUGGCGAAGUUAAUUGGGGGGUAGAGCAGACGCGGCAGGAUGUUUGAAGGCCGGCGGCGAGUAGCCUCUGCUGCGGACGCGUGGUGUGAGCCGGGCGAUGGUUGCAGCCAGCGGUGGCCAGUGUCGGAUGCCCGGAGGAAGGAUCUCCGAGCGGCGAAGGAGAUGGCCCAGCAAGGCUGCAGGAACUCCGGCGGUCAGCAGGAACCCAUCUGCAGGGGUAUAUUCGAGAUUGAGAAAAGGAGCUGCGACGUGGUGCUGACACCCAGCAGGCUGGAGUGGACGGCGAUUGAGCCGGAGAGCCCGACAGGUGGUGAUAAAAUGAUUUCCCAACGUGAGGUGGAAUUUGUGGAGCUGAAAGAAGUUUUUGCUGUGAAGAUGAAACGUCGACGAUCGGUGAAACAGAAUAAAGGAGGAACUGUAUUAGGAAUCGCCAUCUUUGUGUGUGUUAACAAGGGGCAAAAUAAGCUCGAACACCGUGUUAUUCAUCUGAGCAACUUAAGUGAAGACCAUUGCAACCUUUGGUUUAAAUAUCUAAAGGAUAUUCUGAAUGGAUUGUUUCCAAAGAGACCAAAGUCACUAAAAGUUAUUAUCAACCCAUAUAGUCACAAAAAGGAAGCUAAACAAGUCUACUAUGAACAUGUUGCACCUCUUUUCAAGCUAGCUGAUAUAAAGACAGACGUCACCAUUACAGAGUAUGAAGGACAUGGAUUUUUGAUUCUCAAGGAGUGUGAUAUUCAAGAAUUUGAUGGACCUCGAGCACCGAUAACAAAACCGAAAUACUCGACGAUCUUGGUCUUCGUCAAUUCCUUUACUUGUGCGGUCAAAUGCCGAGUGGUGUGCGUGGGUGGUGAUGGGACUGCCAGUGAGGUUGCUCGUGCCUUACUGCUUCGAGCACAGAUUGAUGCUGGGAAGGACGUAGAUUCCAACUUCACGCCUGUCAGAGCACCACUUCCUCUCGGCAUAAUACCAGCAGGUUCCACUAAUAUCUUAGCAUAUUCUGUGCAUGGACUUAAACAUCCAGGUACUGCAGCAAUGCAUAUUAUAAUGGGUAACCUUCAAGAGGUGGAUGUUUGCACCUUUAGUAGUCAUAAUAGGCUGCUUCGAUUUGGUUUCUCAUGCAUGCUCGGCUUUGGAGGGAGAACAUUGGCCUUAGCAGAAAAACAUCGAUGGAUGCCUUCCAAAGAACGGAGGGAAUUUGCUGUCAUCAAAACAUUGGCAAAUCUCAAGUCUGAAGACUAUGAAUUAUCAUUUCUACCAUCAAAAAAUACCCACUUGGAAAAACAAGAUGGCAAAAGAAAUGCAGAUGGAACAAAUGCUGAGGAACAAUGUAAUGAUGAAGACAAAUGGAAAAGCGUGCAGGGAACUUUUCUCAAUAUUAGCAUUAUGGCUAUUCCUUGUCGCUGUUCCAUGGCACCAAGAGGCCUUGCGCCUAACACUAGGUUGGAUAAUGGAAGUAUGGCACUUAUUGCUGUCCGAAACUGUACUCGAGCAGAUUUUAUAAAACACCUGAAGCGAUAUGAUAGUCUAAGGAAUCAGUUUAACUUUCCCUUUGUGGAGACAUAUACAGUCCAGGAAGUUAAAAUACAAUUAAGGAUUAAAAACGGAUGGUUUAAUGAGACAACAGAAGAGAAAGCAGAUUUUGGUUCGCAUUGUCCAUCGGUAAUUUCUUUAAAAGGAAGUUGUCCAUGGAACAUUGAUGGUGACUUAAUGGAGGAAUCUUCAGAAGUUCAUAUAAAGAUCCAUUCACAGCUAAUUACUCUGUAUGGAAGAACUGUUGAAGAAUGUGAUGAUCCUAUAGUAAAGUGUGGUUGCUUAUAGUGAAGAUGAUACCAAAAAUUUCUAGUGGUUUGUAAUUCAUAGAAUUUCUGAGGUCAAUGAAUCAGGAUUGUUGGAAUUCUGUGCAACUACUUGGAUUAAAUGGCUACAUUUGA